AUGGGUUCCAUGGGGCUUGCUCUGACUUCAGACAGGAGCCUGCGCUUGACCAGCUCCUUGCUUUGUGGGGCAUGUUUGGCCAGUGUGUUUCGCAACCUGUACUGGCACCAUCGAGGGGGAUCAGAUGGCAUCAACAACUUGUUGGUUCCUCGCAGCUUCAACUGUAGGCUGAUGGAGCUUACCAGCAUCCUUGGUUUUUUGGCAUCUAGAGCAGAGCUGCAAGAGCUGUACGCUGGUGGCUACAACGCACGGAGAAGAGGUUACCUUUCCUUGGCUUUCCUUCUUCAGUCGUUGUGCAUGACCAUCUUUGAUUGCGACAGCACGACGUCUUUCCUCCUCGUCAUCGCUCUGCUCGUCGGCCAACUUGCAGCGCUUCUCGGUGCGUAUCGAGACCUGGAUUUUGGUCCUGCGUUCCUGAGUCCCUGGAUAAUCCGAGCAGCUGCUGGAGCAGGUAUUGCGUGGGUCGGUGUCGCGCUCUGCCUCCAGGUGCAGCGGCUGGCAGACCGAUUGGAGGUUCGCCUGCUGUCUCCAUCAGCUGUCGUGACCACCUUCACUUCUGCCAUGGGCUUGGCCGUUUGCUUACGCUAUGAUUGGAUGCUCGCUGCAGCGUUGGCUUUCGCGCUGUUCGGAAUGUCUCAGACCGCCUUGGCCAGAGGUGACGAAGAUGCUGCAAGGCUCUGCCGUCGCAGCGCAGCGUUGUCGGCAUUCGGCGCUGCUUUGGCGUUGCGCUGUGCCUUUAAUCGGCAGCAACGGUUUCAUCGUGGCGAGUCCGUGGCGGACUCUGGCAGACAUAGAUGGAAGCGGAUGGACAGCAGUGUGGAAGAGCACUUCGCAGAUGAGACUGCCUGA